UGGCUGUAUAAAUUUCCUCCCUUUGCCCUUUCCCGUGCAGCCUGCCCGACAGGAGUGCGGUUUCUUCUUGCCUCGUCUUGCCUCACCUCUGUCCACUCCUGGCCAACUCCUCUGGAUCAAAGUGUACCUGCCAGCAGCAUGGCUACGAAGUGUAACUGUGGCCCUGGCUACCCUACUCCUCGGGAGGCCAUGAAAGGACCGCGGGAGCAGAUUAUCUACCUGCCCUGCAUUUACCGAAACACAGGCAUUGAAGCCCCAGAUUAUCUGGCCACUGUGGACGUUGACCCCAAGUCUCCACAGUAUUGCCAGGUCAUCCACCGGCUGCCCAUGCCCUACCUGAAGGAUGAGCUGCAUCACUCAGGAUGGAAUACCUGCAGCAGCUGCUUCGGGGACAGCACCAAGUCACGCACCAAGCUGAUGCUGCCCUGUCUUAUUUCCUCUCGCAUCUACGUGGUAGACGUGGGCUCUCAGCCCCGUGCCCCAAAGCUGCACAAAGUCAUCGAGCCCCAGGAGGUCUAUAACAAGUGCAACUUGGGCAACCUCCACACCAGCCACUGCCUGGCCAGUGGGGAAGUGAUGAUCAGCUCCCUGGGAGACCCCAAGGGCAAUGCCAAAGGUGGUUUUGUGCUGCUGGAUGGGGAGACUUUUCAGGUGAAGGGGAAUUGGGAGCAACCUGGGGGUGCUGCACCCAUGGGCUAUGACUUCUGGUACCAGCCUCGACACAAUGUCAUGAUCAGCACUGAAUGGGCAGCUCCCAAUGUCUUCAAAGAUGGUUUCAACCCUGCUCAUGUGAAGGAAGGCCUGUAUGGGAGCCACUUACACAUAUGGGACUGGCAGCGCCAUGAGCUCAUACAGACCCUGCCUUUGAAGGACGGACUCAUUCCUCUGGAGAUCCGCUUCCUGCAUGACCCAGAUGCCACGGAGGGCUUUGUGGGCUGUGCCCUCAGCUCCAACAUCCAGCAUUUCUAUAGAAACAAGGAAGGUAGCUGGUCAGUGGAGAAAGUGAUCCAGGUGCCCCCCAAGAAAGUAAAGGGCUGGAUGCUACCUGAAAUGCCAGGCUUGAUCACUGAUAUCCUGCUGUCCCUGGAUGACCGCUUCCUGUACUUCAGCAACUGGCUGCAUGGGGACGUGCGGCAGUAUGACAUCUCUGACCCACAGAGGCCCCGCCUCACCGGCCAGAUCUUCCUGGGUGGCAGCAUUGUCAAGGACGGACUGGUGCAAGUGCUGGAGGACCAGGAGCUGAACUGCCAGCCAGAUCCCCUGGUGAUCAAGGAUUACCUUUGGGGUCUGAUACCCACUUUCUUCAAGGGAAAAAGGGUGGCUGGAGGGCCUCAGAUGAUCCAGCUUAGCCUUGAUGGGAAGCGUCUCUAUGUUACCACAUCACUGUACAGUGCCUGGGACAAGCAGUUUUACCCUGAUCUCAUCAGGGAAGGUUCAGUGAUCCUGCAGGUCGAUGUUGACACAGAGAAGGGAGGGCUGAAGUUGAACCCCAACUUCCUGGUGGACUUUGGGAAGGAGCCCCUUGGCCCAGCCCUAGCCCACGAGAUGCGCUAUCCAGGAGGUGACUGCACCUCUGAUAUCUGGAUCUGAAGUCCACCACUCAGAACCAGCUCCACGCCCUGAGCCCUUCCUUUCCAGGGCCUAGCUUCACUCUGCUUUCUCCUGGCUUCAGCCCAUGGCAGUCUGUCUUGCUAAAGCCAACUUACAACAAUGAAACAAACUGAGUGGCAUUUCCUUUUCUUGUCCACUGUUGCUUGUAGCUUACUGUGCUGAUUUUUAUACAAGUUCUUGAAAGCACCAAGAAAUAAACUAGUAAACCUA